CUCGCAAUCAGUCCGGUUCCGUGCGUCGUGGGACACGGCAGGGAAACAACGCGAGCUAUAUACAAAUUUGAUUUGACCACGCGAACCGUGCAACGCGCUUUUCUCAAUUUUUUUUAAAAUAUAUUUAAAAACGCACGUCACACCGCUCAUCUGAUGAACCAAAUUGGAGGGACGAUUUUCCCUUCGUUCGCGAUUAAACCAAAGUGUUUGGAAAAAUUUAUAAUCAUUACGAUUUAAAUCUGUCGAAAGUAGAAAGAUUUUUUUUUUUUUUUUCUACAAAAUGUGCGGGAUUAUUUGAUACACCGUCGUGAUGACUAUGACGCACGAUGGGGUUGAGGGAUGAAACUAUGACUUUUUAUUCUCCUCGCAAAUCGACGAAUUAAAAAUUUAUUUUCUUCUCUCUUCAUUCGCAAUUAGAAUCGUCAGUGUCUCAGUGUAAUUGAAAAGUAUUUUUUUUUUUUUUUUUCCAAAUCCGCGAUUGUUACCUGGUUUUUUUCUUCCAUCUUUGGAUUUUCGAUAAAAAUGUGCCGUUCCUCAGGAUGAAGAUACGAUUCAGAGAUGGACGAAGAAGCACCGGCAGCGAUACAAGCCUCAUUGUUCGUACAAAAGGCACCUCCUCUUCGUACGCGCAACAUGCAGUUCUUCGCACGUCCGAUUGGUUUCAUCGUUAUUUCGACGAUCCUAUGGAGCACGGUUGACUGUAGCAACGAGUACAAAAAUUACCCGAUACAGGUACAUCAGAUGUUUCAAGAAAGGGUUCAGCAUGGCUUCGGAGGUUUCGGACGAUCCAGAGGAAAUUGGGGGAGCUGGGCCGCCUGGUCCGAAUGCUCCAGAUCGUGCGGUACCGGGAUUCAGUCGCAAGCGAGAGAUUGCGUUCCCAUGCGCACCGGAUAUUCGAGGAAACGCAGCAUCGCUAGUAUAGACGGAGUUUUACCGGAAGUUAAACCAUUCUGCGUUGGUACUUACAAACGGUAUCACGUCUGCAAUACCCAGGAAUGUCCCAAUUUCGAGGACCUCAGAGCGGAACAAUGCGCCAAGUACAACGGAAAAACCUACAAGGGACAAAGUUAUCGGUGGGAACCGUUUCCGGAUGCCCCCAACGAGUGCGCUUUGAAUUGUCGAGCGGUCGGCGAAAGAUUUUACGCAACUCUGGAGCCCGCCGUGGUGGACGGAACGCCUUGCCGAGGAUCCUCCUCGUCCUCCCGUCAAAGAUCUUUAACAAAGUCGUCCGGAGUCCUUGCCGGAGGCGCCGGGGCCGCCGCGGCUGCUCAUAUCGCAGAUCGUUGGCUCUGUGUCGCCGGACAGUGCAAGUCGGUCGGAUGCGACGGCGUCGUUAAUUCCGGACGCGUUUUGGACGCCUGCGGAGUAUGCGGAGGCGAAGGGAACAGCUGCAGAUUGUUCGAGGGGAUUUUUCUCGAGCCGAAUUUGGCCAAGGGAUACCAGCUGGUCACGAGGAUACCGAAGGGCGCGAUUUCCCUGAACGUCUCCGAACUUCGACCCUCCAGCAACGCCUUAGCUAUCAGAAAUUCCAACAACACUUUUCUCGUCAACGGGCCGGAAUCUCCUUCGAGAUCGACCGGAACCUACGAGGGUGCUGGAACCAAUUUUACUUACCAUCCCGGGGACGGAAUUCGUCCUGAAAAUAUUUGGGCCGAGGGUCCUCUACGGGAUUCGGUCGAUUUGAUGAUUUUAUCCGAAGAAUUGAACCCCGGUGUGCUUUACAAAUAUAUGUUGCCGUUGAACGAAAGAAUUGAAGAAAGUGCGAUGUUGGCACCGCCCCUUCUUGUGGCAGGCCCGAACGACAAAAUUGGAAACGAGAUUCCGGAUGAGGCUGCAGCUCAAUUAAUGAUGCCGCCUAAGCCCAGCAUAACACGAGACAACGAAUCGGAGAAGAAACACGAGGCCAGAAAGGAUUUGGCCUUAAAUAGCUCCAGGGAUAGUAAAAUUUUGCAGCAUCCACAUCAGAAUUCAAAGCGAACUGGAAUAACGAAGAUGGCUGGCGAUCAACCGAUGCAGACUCCGGAUAAAAAUAUCCCUAAGAAAGAUCAUCAGCAACGCAGGAAGAAUAAAAAGAAUAAAAAUGGCAAGAAAUUUUCGUGGAAAAUAUCAGGACUAUCACCGUGUUCAAAAGCCUGCGGAGGAGGUGUACAGCACGCGACGUUUAAAUGUUUUCGAGAGAAUACAGGAGCUGUGGUCCCCGAAAGAAGAUGCAAAACUGUAACGCGUCCUCCCUCUCCACCCCCGUUGAGAUGCAACACGCGGCCAUGUCCCGCUAGGUGGCGCGCCGGCCCUUGGAGUUCGUGUUCCGUUACAUGCGGGGUUGGCGUACAAACGAGAAAACUCGAGUGCGUCCAAGAGUUGAAUCCAAAAUUGACGAUGCGCGUGGCUUUCGGUGCUUGCAUCGAAAAAUCGGAUCUGAAAACUACGACGCCCUGCAAACAAACUCCCUGUAUUUCAAAUAGGAUCGGUGCUCCGGAACCGAGACAGAUGCAGUCUCAGGUUGUGCCGACUUCCGGCGAACCUCACUGGACGACCGGUCCUUGGGAAACGUGUUCGAGCACUUGCGGUUCUGGAAUUCGGAAACGACAAGUGACUUGCAUCACAUCAGGGCCAACUUGUCAGCCGGAAACGAGACCUCCGAACGAAACUUUAUGCGAAGGUUUGCCCGAAUGCAAAAAAAUUGCGGGCUUAAAGUCCCCCUGGUUGUUUACCGAUUGGUCUACGCAGUGUUCCUCUGAAUGUGGAAAGGGCGUAAGGACUCGUCAAAUCGCAUGCAGCGAUGGUAACGAGGUUUUUUGCGACGCCGCAAAAAAACCUUCGAUCGAAAAAAGUUGCGUAGGAAACGAAAGCGCCUGCGAUCAGACCAGACAUCAGUGGUUUGUCGGGGCAUGGAAUCCAUGCAGCGUCACCUGCGGCUCGGGCGUCCAGCGUCGCGACGUGGUUUGUUUGAGUUCUCGAGGGGGUGAAGUUUUCAAAAUUUCCGAAGAUAAAGAUUGCAGCGAAUUAACUCGCCCUAUUUCAGAAGAAAGAUGUGCAAGACCACCGUGUCCUGCGGAGUGGUUUACUUCAGAUUGGACCGAAUGCACCAAAAGUUGUGGUACUGGUCUUCAAACACGGGUGGUCCGUUGUCUUCGCGAAGGUCUGCAGAGUACCGAAUGUCCCCUAGAUUCGAGCGAACCAAAAGGACGAAGACUUUGCGAAAGAAGUCCAUGUAGUAAAUCGGAAAAUCAAAAUCCAGCGAAGCCUCCAAAAAAAUUUCACGAAAAAUCCGACUGCGUUGACAAAUACCCGAGUUGCGAUCUUGUCGUAAAAGCUGGAUUGUGCAGAAUCAACUAUUACAAGCAUUCCUGCUGCAACUGCCGCGGCUUAUAAGCCAGCCCAACGAACUAUAAUAAUUUUAUACUUUCAAAAACAUCGCGGAUCGUUCGACGAUUGAUUAAGGUCCGACAAAAAAAAAAAAAAAAGACUUGAAUAUCAAAAAAAUUGGGAUCUCAAUUUAUUUACUCGACGUAAAUAAUUUUGUGAUUUUUUUUUGUUCUUCUAAAAUAUACCUUCGCGGACGUAUACCUACAUUAUAAGAAAUGUAUAUUACAUAAAGGGUUACCACUCAUAUAAGAUAUCGAAAAUGCGAUGAUGGCAUGUAACUCUGAAAAGGAUUAGAAAAUUUUUACAUCCUCGAUAGAAUUUUUACACUGCAGCGCGCUUUUUUUCAAAGCAUAAACAUAGUGCUAGAAUUAAUUUAACUCACGGCGUAUCUGAUUUAUUUUUUCAUUUAUUUUUUCUCACUUUCAAAUUCUCAUUCCACUGUCCUUAAUCCUCCGAGACAUCUCUAUAAUCCUAAGACGUCGGAGGGAUUUUGCAUUGCAAAUUCAGUGGAACCAAAUGCAGAAAUACUUUGUUUUUUUCCUUUUCUUCCUUUUUUUGUAAUUCGAUGUAUACCUACUUACCUAAAGCGAUUGAAUAAUUAGUAAUAAAUUAUGUAUUUAAAAAUGUCUCUAAAGUGAAAGAAAGACAAAAAAAAUGAAGAGAAAGAGCGGGGAAAAAUAUGAAUCUUCGUUAGCACAUAGGAGAUUUUGUACAAUGAUUUGACAAGUUACGUAAAUUAUUCUAAUUUAUCAUAUUAUUUAUAAAGCGCAGGAUGAUCAUUUGAUAUGUUUAGCUUGUAAGUCGAUGCAUUAGUUUUUUCGGCUAAUUUGAUUACGAGAUACAUUUAAUAAGUCACUCGAUUCUCAUGACUCUAUUUUUAAAAUUGUGUUUUGAUAAUUUAUUAAAUUAUGCUCGCUGAUGUGUGGAGAGAAAAAAAAAUUAAUCUGCAAAUUAAUUUUGCACUUUCAAUUUUUGACUUACUAUUAAUGAAUUUUUAAGCUUCUUAUCUAAGUUCUAACAAAAUCUUGUGAAAUUAUUCUACAGAUAGAUGUUUAACGAUUUUUCUCCAAAAGUGACACGUUAUUAUUCGAUUGAAUGCCGAUAGUCAAUUCUAUUGUAGAAUUAACUGAUUUAAGCUUUAUUAGUAUUAUUUGAUCCGUAUUAUAUGAAUAUGUAAUAUUAAUUUAGACAUAUUAUUUAAUAAUAACAAAAAUACUAGCUGAAAA